AUGUUUGUAUACGCAUGGCUAGGUAUAGGCCUAUUAGCCUACUAUGUCUUCCGCAGUGUUUAUCUGUUGUAUUUCCAUCCCCUUCACAAAAUCCCUGGCCCCAAGUUAGCAGCCAUCACCUACGGUUACGAGUUCUACUACAAUGUUAUCAAAGGUGGAAAAUUUGUCUGGGAAAUUGAGCGCCUGCACAAGAUCUACGGCCCCGUCAUUCGCAUCAACCCCGAUGAAGUCCACAUCAAUGACCCAGAUUACUACGAAGAGAUCUACACUUCCCGUGCUCGCCGUCGAGAGAAAGACCCUGUCCAAAUAGCCCAGUUUGACCUGGACGGCGCCGUUUUCUCGAGCAUCACACCUGAAACGCAUCGUCAGCGUCGCUCUCAUCUGGAUAAGUUUUUCUCGAAGCAGGCCAUCUCCAAUAUUGAGUACCUCAUCCACGAUAGCUUGGACAAGAUUAUUAAAACCUACAAAGAGGCAUACCAGAGCAACAACGUAGUCAACUUGGACGCCGGAUUUGCAGGCCUAACCGCAGACGUUAUCUACCAGUAUGCCUUUGGGUUUAACCCGGGCAACCUUGACGCAGAAGGAUUUAAUGAGAGCGUACGGGAUGCCUCCAACGCAUUCUUCAGAGGGAUUCAUAUUCUCAAUUUCUUUCCCUUCAUCAAGGUCAUCAUGGGCGUAAUGCCGCUUGGGUUACUGCGCCUGGUAAGUGAGCCUGCAGUGACAUUAGUGAAGGAGCGAGAGGAUUUGUAUGCACGAAGUGUGGCCGCCCUAGAGAGGAACCAGACUUCCGUGCAGCAAGAUGAAAAGGUCAGUAACAGCAGGGGCGCCAUCCUGGAUGCCAUUGCCGGGCCUCACAUGCCAGCACAUAUGCGGACGCCUGUACGGCUUAUGAACGAGGGGCUUGCUCUAGCCAUCGCGGGAACGGAAACCACAGCGCGAUCGCUUUCUGUCGGGACCUAUCACUUGCUUACGAGGGAUGAUAUUCGGCUCAAAUUAAGAGAGGAACUUAAGACCGUGAUGCCUACACCGGAUACGCGGGUGGGUCGCACGGAGCUGGAGAAGCUGCCCUAUCUGUCCGGUGUCAUCAAUGAGUCCAUGCGUCUUUCAACAGGCGUAUCGUCCAGAAUGCCUCGAGUAGCCCCUACAGAGGCACUGGUCUACAAGGAACAUGUUAUUCCCCCUGGUAGUCUCUUCAGUUCAAGCCACGUCUUCAUUCUUAUGGAUCCCUUCAUCUUUCCCAACCCUCGUGAUUUUGACCCCGAACGCUGGAUCCGAGCUGCUGAAAAGGGAGAGCGAUUGGAUCGGUAUCUGGUGAACUUUUCCAAGGGUUCUCGGAUUUGCCUUGGCAUGCAGCUGGCUUAUGCGGAGCUUUUCAUUGUUAUUGCCACACUUAUGCGCAUGUUUGAUAUGGAGCUGGCUGAUACACCUAGAGAGACUAUUGAAUUCGCGCGUGACUUUGGGACCCCGUAUCCUGAGAAGGGGAAUUUGUGUGUCAAGGCGAGGAUUACGGGGUUGGUUCAGCAGUAG